AUGGGCCCCAACGUGUACCCCCACCCUGAACCCCAGUUCGUCAACUUUCCUAGCAGACGGUCGGUGAUACAUAGCACGAAGGGCAUUGUAUCAUGUACGCAACCCCUCGCCAGUGCUGCUGGCAUCGAAGUGCUUCGUAAAGGUGGCAAUGCUGCGGAUGCUGCUGUGGCCGUGGCAGCUGCCAUCAAUGUCACGGAGCCUGGUUCCACGGGAAUCGGCGGUGAUAUGUUCUGCUUGUUCUACGAUGCCAAGACCAAGAAGGUGUCCGCCAUGAAUGGCUCAGGUCGCUCGGGCAAAGAUGUAACGCUUGACAAGAUCAGGAAUGCUCUGAACAUCAAAGAUGGAGAGACCGGCCAGAUCCCUAUGUCCAGCGUACAUGCGGUGACUGUCCCUGGUGCUGCAGCGGGCUGGGUAGACUGUGUCGAACGGUUCGGAAGCAAAAAGGUCUCGUUGGAAGACGUCCUGGCGCCUGCUAUCGAGCUCGCGGACAAGGGUUUCCCCGUCUCUGAGCUCUCUGCUUCAUUCUGGGCGAACAGCGAGGUGUCAAUCAGGAACGCCUCUCCUAACUUUGCCGAGAUCCUCAAGAAGGAUCCUUCUGCAAAAGAUGGCUGCAGAGCACCAAAAGCAGGCGAAAUCAUGCGCAACCCAACAAUUGCCAACACAUACAAGCUCCUCGCCAAGCAAGGAAAGAAAGGCUUCUACGAGGGCGAAGUAGCCGAGCAGCUCGUAAAAGUCGUCUCAGAUCUCGGCGGCUUCCUCGCCCUAGACGACCUAAAGCACCACGCGGAAACCGGCUCCGAGCCCGUCGACCCCAUCUCCCUCAAAUACACCGGCCAAGGCGUAGGCGAAAACACCAACGGCGGCGUCGAGCUCUGGGAACACCCACCCAACGGCCAAGGCAUCGUCGCCCUAAUGGCCCUCGGCAUAAUCCAGGAGCUCGAAAACCAAGGCAAGAUAGCAAAGUGGAGCCACAAAGACCACAACACCACCGCCUACCUGCACGCCGUCAUCGAAGCCCUACGCAUCGCCUUCGCCGACGCCCACUGGUUCGUCACCGACCCCAACGUCGUCAACGUGCCCUCCGCAGACCUCAUCUCUGCGCCCUACCUCGCCUCUCGCGCAAAGCUAUUCGACCCCAAGACCGUCAUCUCCGCGCCCGUCCACGGCUCCCCAGCGCACCUCCAAAGCGACACCGUCUACUUCUGCGUCUCCGACUCCUCCGGCAACGCCAUCUCCUUCAUCAACAGCAACUACGGCGGCUUCGGCACGGCCAUCGUACCCAGGGGCUGCGGCUUCACGCUGCAGAACCGCGGCGCGAAUUUCAGCCUCAAGAAAGACCAUCCGAAUGUGCUUGCCCCGAGGAAGCGCCCGUAUCACACUAUCAUCCCUGGGCUAGUUACGUAUGCACAGGACCAGAGUUUGCACAGCGUGUUCGGCGUUAUGGGCGGCUUCAUGCAGCCGCAGGGCCACGUACAAGUGCUUCUCAACCAGGAGGUGUUCAAGCUUAAUCCGCAGGAUGCGCUGGAUGCACCGAGGAUAUGCAUUGGGGCGGGGAUGCCGGGGGAUGAUGGGAAGGUUACGGACGCGACUAUUUUCAUUGAGGAGGGUAUCGACGGGAAGGUCGUGGAAGAAUUGAAGAGCUUGGGGCAUAAUGUGAAGCAGUUGAGUGGGUAUGGGAGGGGAUGUUUGGCCGGGGACAGAUUAUUAGGCAGCAUUUUGAUGAUGGGGUUAUGGUUUGGAGUGGGGAGUGAUUUGAGGGGGAUGGGGCUGCUGUGCCGCUGUAGAAGCUUGCGGAUGUGCGGUCUGUUUGCAUAA